CCGGCCAGAGCCGGGAUCCCGCUUCCCCUGCCUGGAUGCUGCUCCCUCUGCUGCUCCUCCCCUGGGCAUGGGGGGCCCUGGCCGCCUCCCCUCCUGUCCCCGCAGGGUCUCUCACCCUCCGGCUGCUCAAAACCACUGUCUUCCACAACGCCAGUUCUACGAACAUGCAGGGGAUGGCCCUGCUCGGGGACCUGGAGACCCACUCCAUGAAUUGCAGCACCUGCAAAAUCCGCUUCCUGCAGCCCUGGGCCCAGCAGGGCCUGACCCCGAAGCAGUGGCAGGACCUGGAGACAGUGCUCCAUGACUAUCUGUCCAAAUUCAUCCUUCUUAUUAACAAAGUGGCUAAGGAUGAAGAAGAGCACUACCCCUUUGUCAUCCAGGCCUCCAUCGGCUGCGAGCUCCACCCCAACGGCACCUCACGGCAGUUCUGUGACGCCGCGGUGAACGGGGAGGAUUUCAUCAGCUUCAAUGUGGACGUUGGCACCUGGGUCGCUCAGCACUGGCGUAAGCUGGCCCUCAACUCACGGGAUUUUCUUAACCAGGAUAAGAGCACGAUUGCCAUGGCUCAGUUUCUCCUGAGAACAACGUGUGUCAAUGAGCUCAAGAGCUUUGCCCAGUACGGGAGAGAGUCUCUGGCGAGACAAGAGCGGCCGGUCGCCGUGGUGUUUGCCCGAGCGGCUCCCCCAGCCGGGACCCCCGCGCCGGUACUGCUGGUUUGCCGGGUCACCGGUUUCUACCCCCGGCCCAUCCACGUGGCCUGGCUGCAGGACGGGGAGGAGGUGGGGCCGGGCGGGCGGCUGAACUCCAGCGGGAUCCUGCCCAACGCGGACCUGACCUACCAGCUGCGCAGCUCCCUGGCCGUGGGGCCGGGCUCCGGGCACAGCUACGCCUGCCGGGUGCAGCACAGCAGCCUGGGGGGCCGGAGCCUGCUGAUCCCCUGGGGGCACAGUAGGCCCUGGGGCCCCGGCCUGGCUGUGGGCAUCACCCUGGGGGCUCUGGCUGUAGCCACCGUGGCCGUGGUGCUGUGGUGGAGAAUGCGCAGGGGCUACCAGGACGUCCGACCAGAGGAGCCCAGAGCCUGAGGAUGCAGCACCGGCUUAGACGUGGUGAUCGGCCCCUUUCCUGGGGACAUGGACCUGGGGGCUGAAUCCGCACCUGGCUCCAGAGCUGAGGGCCCUGAGGCCCCGUCUGGAUUGGGGCACUGGGAGAUCGGGGCACUGGGUGGGAUUCUCACCCCGCACCCCCAGUGGUGUUCGUGCCAAGGACGCUAACACAGAAGGGCAGCAACGACCAAGGAUAGUAUAGACCCGUCCUUUGAUUUUGGCAGUAAGCUUGUCCGAAUGAAGAUCAUCACUGAAAUGUGUCAUAAAAAAUGUGUAGCCUAAAUAAAAAGC